CUCCUCCCCCCUCCUCCUCCUUACCGGUGGGAGUGGAUCUAGAAUCGUCCUUUUCAGCGUUCAAAUUCAGAGUUUCAUUGUUUAUUUCCUUCUGACAGUCAGGGCAGGUCAACGGGAGCAGGAUGACCACAUACACAGAUAAAGGCGAAAAGCAUGAGCAGGGCAAGUUCCUCUGCUUUGAUCACCUCACGUUCUGGGUUGGAAAUGCAAAACAGGCUGCAUCGUACUACUGUAACAAGCUGGGAUUUGAGCCUCUGGCUUACCAGGGUUUGGAGACCGGCAGUCGUGAAGUGGUGUCCCAUGCAGUCAAACAAGGAAAGAUUGUUUAUGUGUUCUCAUCGGCCCUCAACCCUGGAAACAAAGAGAUGGGAGAGCAUUUAGUGAAACACGGUGAUGGGGUGAAGGAUGUUGCAUUUACAGUGCAGGACUGUGACUUCCUUGCGAAGAAAGCCAAAGAGCGAGGUGCAAUUAUCGUGAAGGAGCCUUACACCCUGGAGGACAAGUAUGGUAAAGUCAGACUGGCCGUGCUUCAAACGUAUGGUGACACCACACACACGUUUGUGGAGAGGAUCGGAUACACUGGGUUGUUUUUGCCAGGCUUCCAACCCUCUCUGUUCAAGGACCCUUCACUGGCCAAACUACCAAGUGGAAAACUGAACUUCAUCGAUCACGUUGUGGGAAACCAACCGGAUGACGAGAUGGUACCAGUGGUCGAUUGGUAUCAAAGAAACCUUCUCUUUCACCGCUUCUGGUCAGUGGAUGACAAGCAGCUUCAGACGGAUUUCAGCGCCCUGCGAUCCAUCGUUGUGGCGAACUACGAGGAGACUGUGAAGAUGCCCAUCAAUGAGCCUGCCAUGGGGAAGAGAAAGUCUCAGAUCCAGGAAUAUGUGGAGUACUAUGGAGGUCCAGGCGUGCAGCACAUAGCCAUGAACACAUCAGAUAUCAUCACUGCGAUUCGAAACCUAAAGGAGCGUGGGAUGGAGUUUAUGUCUGUGCCAGACACGUACUACAAACAGCUGAGAGAAAACCUGAAACAAUCAAAGGUCAAAAUCUCAGAGGACCUGGAUAUCCUGCAGGAGCUGAGGAUCUUGGUGGACUACGACGAAAACGGCUACUUACUUCAGAUCUUCACCAAGCCAGUUCAGGAUCGCCCCACUGUGUUCUUGGAAGUAAUUCAGAGACACAACCACCAGGGCUUUGGUGCAGGAAACUUCAAGUCUCUGUUUGAAGCCAUCGAAGCGGACCAGAAUGCAAGAGGAAAUCUUACGAUCCUGACACCAAACGGAGUUUCAAAGAACAUAUGAUCCUAGUUUUAUUAAAGCAGACAUUUCAGUUUCAAUAUCUAUCUAUUUACUAUGAGGCCAUUUGUGGUUUAGGGUCCUGUACUUUAGUAUUAAACUAGUAUUGUGAUAAUUUUGUGAAAUAAUGAACAAAGCAUGUUUUUGUGACUUGCAUGUUUUAUUAUGCUAACAUAAUAACAUUGAUUUUAUAAGUAUGUGUAAAAAAGUACUUCAUUAUAAUCUCUCCUGAUUUUCAUGAAAGAUCACCUUAUUGUAACUUUUUCAGUCUUUCUUUUUAUAAAAUGUAAAAAAAAAGGAAACCAAUAUUAGCGAUAUAAGCUUGAUUCAAGCAAAACACCAUUAAGCUCUCAUUAAUGAAAACAAUUCAUUUUGACGAUUUGUUAUCAUUUUGGCAAUAACUUAGUCAUUUCAUUGUACAGAAGAGCUUAGCAUAAUUGGAGCGCCCAUUUUCCCCUCCAUGCUGCAAGAGGAAACAUUUGCAAUGUGUGAAACCUUGGUUGCGAUGUGUUCAUAAACCGUAAUGUACAAACAAA